AACAACAAGUUAUAUUUUCGGUUGAUAUUAGCAAUAAUGCCUUACUCUAAUCGAGCUAUCUAACGUAAUAUAGUUUAAAAUGUCGAAAAAAGCAAUGUUUGUGGGACGCGAGUAUUCAACGAACAUUCAAUAUUAUAGCUCAGUUUAUAAUACAUCCACCAUAUUCGACUUAAACCACACUGAAAGUCAAGUUCAGCAACAGAUUUAUAACCAGAAUCAUGUGGGCUAUGCUCCACCUUCGACUACUCGAACUAUUAAGAAAAGAAACACAGCUAACAAAAAGGAGAGGAGAAGAACACAAAGUAUAAACAAUGCCUUUUCCUAUUUGCGAGAAAAAAUUCCUAAUGUUCCGACAGAUACAAAACUAUCAAAGAUAAAAACAUUAAAAUUGGCCAUAUUAUACAUAAAUUACUUGGUUAAUGUCCUCGAUGGGGAUCAGGAUCCGAAAGGCGGAUUUCGAGCAGAGCUGAAGCCAAUGAACCGAAAGAUUUGUAGCGAAAAGAAGCAGCAAUGUCUGAAGAACGAAAUUCAAAAUGUGCCCAUAUCUGCUAAGGGCCGUACGGGAUGGCCACAAGAUGUUUGGGCGUCGGAACUUAUUCCAGAACAUAAUUAA